UUUUAGAAUUCUGCCGCUCUGUUGAAUUAUUAAUUAAUGUUAAGCUAAAAAGUGUACAAACCAGAAAUUAAGUUUAGAAAUUAUGUCAAAACGUAGCGCUGACGAUGCCAGCGGCACCGGCACCGGCAGUGGCAGCGGUGGCAGCAGCUGCCUGGUUGCUGCAGCGGCCGCAGGUCAGCCGCCGAUCAAAAAGGUGCACUUCGAGCCGCACUUAAUUGGGCCGGUGUCGACGCUCGAGGAGAUGGAUAUCAAGGUGUUGGAGUUUCAGAACAAGAAACUCGCUCAGCGCAUAGAGCAGCGAAUGCGUUGCGAGGCCGAACAACGGCAUCGCAUCGAGCAACUGGAGAAACGCCAGACGCAGGACGAUGCUGUCCUCAAUGUGGUCAAUCGCUAUUGGAAUCAACUCAAUGAGGAUAUAAGGGUGCUCUUGCAACGAUUCGAUGCAGAGACGGCCGACGAGCUAGAGAAUAAGAAUGAGAACGAGGUAACUACAUCGUUUCUCACCCAGCUAUCCACCUGGGACAAGGAGGAACUGGACGAGAAGCUGGCCAAUCGGGUGCAGGUGUCGAAGCGUGCCGUGGCCAAAAUCGUUCAAGUCAUUGAUAGGUUAAUGCAACGGAAUGAGAAGAUAACGCUUGUUCUAAAAGGUGGCGAUAGUUUGGCGCAGGGCACAACUGCUGCUGGAGGAGGUGGAGAUGAGGAGCAGAAAGUCAAGGCCGGCGCUGAGGCGGAUGCAGCGUCAGCGGCGAGUAUGGGGGGCAUCCAUGCGCUCGAGGAGACGCUAAAGAAAACGCAUAUUGAGAUUAUGACAGAGAAUCACAAGCUGCAAAAUUUGAAUACGUCGCUGCACGAGAAAUUCCACACGAUGUCACUGAAGAUGAAGGAAUACCAGGACGCGCUCACUGCCAAAGAGACGGAGAACGCUGAACUGAAAAACCAAAUCGAUGAGUUGCAAUAUGAUCUGGAGAAAAUCCAUUGUCGUAACGAUAAGCUGGAGAAUCAUUUGGCCGAGGCCAUUGAGAAGCUCAAGGCUUAUCACCAGAUCUACGGAGAUCCUAACAAGAGCAGCAGCAACAGCACCAGCAAGACGUCCAGCUCAGUUGUUGGAACCGCCACCGUCGGCGGCGGCAGUGCAACGACCAAUGUAAAUAGUCAGCAUCUGGAGGAGCUGCAAAAGGAGCUGGAGGAACAUCGCGAGCUGGCCAACAAUCGGUUGCAGGAACUGGACAAACUGCAUGCCACGCAUCGCGAAACCCUCAAAGAAGUAGAGAAACUUAAAAUGGAUAUCCGUCAACUGCCCGAGUCGGUGAUUGUGGAGACAACGGAAUACAAAUGCUUGCAGUCGCAAUUCUCGGUGCUGUACAACGAGUCCAUGCAGAUCAAGACCAUGUUGGAUGAGACACGCAAUCUGCUGCAGACGAGCAAGAAUCAGCAUCUGCGCCAGAUCGAGGUGAUGGAGAGCGAGGAGCUGAUUGCCCAGAAGAAGGUGCGCAGCGACAUGAUCCAAAUGGAGGAUGUCCUUGCGCUCAUACGCAAAGAAUAUGAAACGCUGCGCAUCGAAUUCGAGCAGAAUAUGGCCGCCAACGAGCAGACGGCGCCGAUAAAUCGAGAGAUGCGGCAUCUGAUCACCUCGCUGCAGAAUCACAACGGGCAGCUGAAGGGCGAGGUGCAGCGAUACAAGCGCAAGUACAAGGACAUCUCCACGGACAUGGUCAAGAUGCGCAAGGAUCUGGAGGAGGCACAGGCCAAACUCGAGGGCAACAAGCAGCAACAGCAGGCGGCUGCAGCGGCGGCCGGCGAGGAAGUUAAACAGGAAUCCGCUGCCAAUAUUAAGGAGGAGAAUUCGAACAACAACUCAGCGGGCGGCGCCACGGGUCUCACUAAUUCUGGGAGUGCCAGUGGCGAUGCCAACAUGGCCAUCAAGGAGGAGAACUCAGCGAUUGCCGAAGAUGAACUGGACGAUGAGGCGAGCGGCAAGGAUGUCAAGGAUCCCAGCAUCAAGCAGGAGAAGCUCUCGUCCAGCGAAGCGGCAGCUGCUGAGAAAAAGGAUUCACCCGGUCCGGCGAAUGCAUCAACGGCGACCACAACUGGCAGCACAAAUGCGGUUAAGGCUGAGAAGGACACCAAGGAUGGCAUCAAGGCCAAGGAACUGAAAGCCGCCGAAAGUGAAACGGUACGGGAUCUGAAAGCGCAACUCAAAAAAGCGUUGAACGAUCAGAAGGAGAUGAAGCUGCUGCUGGAAUACAAAGGCGUUUCGAAGGAUCAGCGCGACAAGGUGCAGCUCAUGGCGACCGAAAAGAAACUGCGGUCCGAGAUCGAGGAGCUGCGACAACAGCUGAAAAAGCUGCAGGAGAGCAAGCGAGAGGAGCGCAAAAAACUGGCCGACGAGGAGGCGCUGCGCAAGAUCAAGCAGCUGGAGGAGCAAAAAUACGAGUUGCAGAAACAGGUGGCCAACCACAAGCCCACGGAGAAUACGUGGAGCGGUGCGCCAGGACCAGGUGGCGGACAGCCUGGCGCCAAUUAUAACCGACCCUUUGUUGGCUCACACGAGGAAGAGGCGCUGCUCAACGAGAUGGAGGUGACGGGUCAGGCGUUCGAGGAUAUGCAGGAGCAGAACUCGCGGCUCAUUCAACAGCUGCGGGAAAAGGACGAUGCCAAUUUUAAGCUGAUGUCGGAGCGGAUUAAGGCCAAUCAGCUGCACAAACUGUUGCGCGAAGAGAAGACGGUGCUGGAGGAUCAAAUGGCGACGGCAUCGACACAGAUCGAAGCGAUGCAUAUUGUACUGCGCAAGCUGGAGGAAAAGGAGCGCACCCUGCAGGCCACCGUCGCGUCCAUUGAGAAAGAGCUGAUGCUCCGGCAACAGGCGAUGGAGAUGCACAAGCGCAAAGCAAUCGAAUCGGCCCAAUCGGCGGCGGAUCUCAAGCUGCAUCUGGAGAAGUAUCAUGCCCAAAUGAAGGAGGCUCAACAGGUGGUCGCCGAGAAGACCAGCUCCCUAGAGGCGGAGGCCUACAAAACGAAACGGUUGCAGGAGGAGCUGGCGCAGUUCAAGCGAAAGGCGGAGCGCAUGAAGAAGAUGGAAAUGUCGGGCACAACAAUCGAUGAGGUGAUGAUCGAGGAGAUUAGGGAAUACAAGGAGACGCUGACGUGUCCCUCAUGCAAGGUGAAGCGCAAGGAUGCAGUUCUAUCCAAAUGCUUUCAUGUCUUCUGCUACGACUGCCUGCGCACCCGAUACGAGACGCGGCAGCGCAAGUGUCCCAAAUGCAACUGCGCCUUUGGCGCCAACGAUUACCAUAGGCUAUAUCUGCAGUAAGGGAUCUUCGAUUAUCGAUUGUCGAUUAUCGGUCAUUGAUCAUUCGGCGAGCGUCUUCAUCGCAGCCAGCAAAUCCAUUACGAGCAUAUUAUCGAUGUACUAUUAAUAUAUUAUAUAUAUAUUUAUAUAUGUAUAUAUAUAAAUUUGUUUUUAAGCGACUUCCCCCUUUGUAUCCCUUGCGGCAUUUAUGUUGAAUUUUUUCACUAGUGGCCCCAAGCACAUCUCAUAAGUUAUGAGUUUCCGAGUGAUAUUCUCCCGGGUUUUUAUGUAGCUCUUAAACUAAAACUAAAUCGUACGAAAACUAAUAAAUGGCUAAACAAUUAAUUUCAACGCAAUUUGCAAUGGAUCAAAAUAACUAUUGUAUGUAAAUAUUUAUGGGUAUUUUCCAAUUAUAUUCAAUUUUUGUUUUGUUUAUUUCUUAUACAUUUUGCUUAAUUCUCUUUAAAUUUUAUCCUAACUUAAUUUUUGUUGUUUCAAGUAUUUCGUCCCUUUUUCUCACUUAGAGCAUUAGUGUAUUACGUGAUGUGGGAGUCGCUUCCUUCAAAUUGUUUAUACUUUAUUAACUUAAGCAUAAAAUCCCCAACAAGGAUGUAAGAAAUUGACAACUGGAAUGUGACUACAAAAGGCAAUUUCAGUCUUAUCUUGUU